AUGGCGUUUUCUUCUUCGUUUGUUAGAUCUGCACCGUCGCCUGUUCUCGAUAGCGACGCUUUCCGGCCGUCCGACCGAUCAAAGGUAUCAUGCGGUGGUCUUUACCACAUUGCUAAUGCUGUGAAGUCCCAGUCAAGCAUGUUCGGGAAUAAGGUUCCAUUGGAUUCAUCAUUGCUACAGAGGCGUUCUGUUUGCAGUAUUCAGCCUAUCAAAGCAACGGCAACAGAAGCACCUCCAACAGUUCCCAAUUAUUGCCUGGUUUACUUGUCUGAUGAAGCUGCAUCGUGCCAUUUGCUAUUGACAGAAUCAGGCAGCAGUGGGAAAACAAAGAUUGGCAUCAAUGGUUUCGGGCGUAUUGGGAGACUGGUUUUAAGGAUAGCAACUUUCAGGGAUGAUAUUGAUGUGGUGGCAGUAAAUGAUCCUUUUGUUGAUGCAAAAUACAUGUCAUACAUGUUCAAAUAUGAUUCAACUCAUGGACCAUACAAGGGAACCAUCCGAGUCGUUGAUGAGUCCACUCUUGAAAUCAACGGGAAGCAGAUUAAAGUUAGCAGCAAAAGGAACCCAGCAGAGAUCCCUUGGGGUGAUUAUGGGGCUGAUUACGUUGUUGAGUCUUCUGGGGUCUUUACAACUGUUGAGAAAGCAUCAUCACACAAAAAGGGUGGUGCUAAAAAGGUCGUAAUUUCAGCUCCAUCGGCCGAUGCACCUAUGUUUGUAGUUGGCGUGAACGAGAACACUUACAAACCCAGCAUGGAUGUUGUUUCCAAUGCUAGCUGUACAACCAAUUGCCUUGCUCCAUUGGCCAAGGUAGUGCAUGAAGAGUUUGGUAUUUUAGAGGGCCUAAUGACAACUGUCCAUGCAACUACAGCCACACAGAAGACAGUUGACGGCCCUUCAAUGAAAGACUGGCGAGGUGGCCGUGGAGCAGGGCAAAACAUCAUUCCUAGUUCUACUGGUGCUGCUAAGGCUGUUGGGAAAGUUCUUCCAGAACUCAAUGGGAAGCUCACUGGAAUGGCUUUCCGUGUUCCGACUCCUAAUGUGUCUGUCGUGGACUUAACCUGUCGGCUUGACAAGAGUGCUUCUUAUGAGGACGUAAAAGCAGCCAUAAAGCAUGCAGCAGAGGGUCCUCUGAAAGGCAUUCUUGGGUACACAGACGAAGAUGUGGUGUCCAAUGAUUUUGUUGGCGACUCCAGGUCAAGCAUAUUUGAUGCCAAGGCUGGAAUUGGUCUUAGCAAGUCCUUCAUGAAACUCGUUUCGUGGUAUGACAAUGAGUGGGGCUACAGUAACCGUGUGCUGGACCUGAUUGAGCAUAUGGCUUUUGUAGCAGCUACUAAGUAAAAAGCAGCUAUCGAGUAUUUUUUGUUUGAGUAAAGGAGUAGAUGCAGAACUAUUAGUUGCCUGUCGUGCGCAAGUUAGAAUACUCUAAUCUCGUACUAUAUCGAGAUAUGGAAGAUAUGAAACGGUGUCAAAAUAAUCUAAGACUAUGAGAACUUAGAAAAAAACAUGUUUUGGAUUUGAUCAUUUGAUGUAUUUGGAGGAUAACUUAACAUGCCAAUGUGCUGUUGUACCAAUUUAUGAUUGAAUGAUGUUUUGCCUCUAGAUUUAUGUUCCCAUAGGUUCAGUUCAUGCUAUACAAGGUUCAUGUUAUUCAAGUAUUGUGCAACUGAUUUGUUUUUUUUGCUCUCAAGCCUUUUCUUCUGAAAAAAUCACACCAAUUUUCCUUUUUAAGCAAGCUGUAGAAGUGGGUCCCUCCAUUUUAUUGCCAUUU